UAAAAGUGACCAGUGGAAACUUUGUCUUUUCCAUGGCAACCGUCAACUAUUUGCACUAAUUUGCAAAAGAAAAGCUGUCGAAGUGUAGUGUGCUCUUGGGGAAUGUUAUAUUUGGUCUUUCUCAGUAAUAGAAGUCUCAUUAUUUAGCCUUUCAGUGCACCAGGAAACCGAACAAACAGACCGAGUGACCCUUUGUCAAGCACCUCUUCCCCUCUCAGGAUCAUUGCGGCCCUCGAGCAUUAAAUGGCACAGCUCAGCACGGAGAGGGCAUGCGGACGUCCCUCGAGUGGCCUUCUUUGAAUUUGUAGAAUAGAUUUUGUCCACAACUGGAGACAUUAAAAGAGGACACACUCAGGGUGGAAUUAAGAGACAUAUUAAAACAGCAGGACUGGGAUCAUGGACUGUUGCCAAAAAGGAUCUAACUUCACGGACCUGACCGGAUUUUGAAAUUGAAUUUGGUGAUCCACGCGACCCACCUUCUCAACAACAAAACUGCCCAUCUUUUCAAAAGCAGGAGACUUUAAUCUGUGGUUUAAAUGCAUGAAGUCUGAUCAUGUGCUGUUUAAUCAUAGUGCAUUUCCUAAUUUAGGCUCCUAUUUUUGUUUUAAACUAUGGAUAUGCAGAGGUCAUUUCUGAGUCCUGCAGUGUUUGAUUUGGUCAGUGAUGUGGACUUCAUGGAGUUGGUGCCAAACAAAUCCGUUUUGGCACCAAAGGAGACCCACAGCACAGAUUGCAAUGGACGGUACCAGGACUUGACUUCCAUCCACGCGCUCGACAUCUCAACAGCUCGAUCAAAUGACUUUUACGCGCUGUCAACAUCGCCCACCACGUCUCCGGUGCUGACCGUGAGCGCCAGUAACGGGAAAGCCAAACGCAAACGGGUGAUCAGCACCGUGCAGCGCCAGGCCGCGAACAUCCGCGAGCGCAAACGGAUGUUCAGCCUCAACGAGGCGUUUGACCGGCUGCGCAGGAAGGUUCCCACGUUCGCCUACGAGAAGAGACUGUCACGGAUAGAGACUCUGCGCCUGGCCAUCGUCUACAUCGCCUUCAUGACGGACAUACUCGAGAACAACUGAACUUAUAUUCAAUAUUUAACAUGCAUUGUUUAGAUGAGCGUUUAUUAAGGUACACAAAGCUUAUUAUGGAAAAAAAAAUAUCGAUUAUAAUUAUUAUGUUGUUGCUGGCCUACUGUUAUGGCAUAGACUCUGUAAUGACUGCUGGACUAUAUAUAAAAAAUUGGACAGCUAAAUCGUCUCUAUCUAUCUAUCUAUCUAUCUAUCUAUCUAUCUAUCUAUCUAUCUAUCUAUCUAUCUAUCUAUCAUCUCAUUCAGGAAUAAAUGUAUUUGGCUUAUUGGGACGGGUUUACAGCUGAAAGGUGCUUAGUCCAAAACUUCUGUAUGGAAUGAUUCAUUAUGAUCUUAUUUGACUCUUAUAAUCCUUUUGGAUAUUGUGUAAUAUUUAUUCAGUUAAGAACUAUACUGGAAUAAUGUUUUGCUACUGGACAGUUAUCCAGUAAAUCUCAUCUGUAGGCGUUUGACAUCCAGAAAUACUCCAAAAGUAACUGUUCAUGUCUAAAAGUGGCAUUUUGACAUAUUGGAAACAAAUGUUAAUAAGCCUAUAUUAAAAAAAAAUCACAUUAUAAUCCUUUAGGAUUGGGUUCCAAGUAAUGAUACAUUUUCAACAGGAAUUAUAUAUAUAGAUUGCUGCAUUUUGGGGGGAUUUCUUGAUGUGGUAUUUGGGUGUUUUUGAGGUUUCCAGUGUCUUUCGGGUAUUUGGAUUUGUUUCAAGACUGUUGACAGGGUUCAGUGGACAACUAUUACAAAUCAACCGAGAACAGGUGCGCCGCCUGGACCUUCGGUUCCCAAGAUGGCCACAUGUGGACACUUUUUGAAUAGAAUAUUCGAGUCAUUUCAAACAUUUAUGUAUAGCGCACAUUGUACACCGUACAAUAUAAACACCACAUGUCUGUCAUCUAUGCGUUUUGGUGAAUCUUCAAGUCAAAUCACAGAUGUGAGAUGCGCAUUUACGCACAAUGAGACGCAUGGAUAAGUUUCGUCAGUGCGCCACCUUGCGGAAUCUUUAAACCUUGGACUUACACUUAAAGGGAGCGUCUCCACGGUCUUGUGACAUCUAGAAGCCUUUAGUGGUUUAAAACUGAAUGAAUAAUGCUGCUAAGUUAUAUGACAUUUACAGAAGCUUAGGCAAGACUUCUGUUUGUGUGGGUCUGUGCAGAUAAUGCAGACGCUGGAUCUAUGUGAAAGCAAAAGGCCAGUUUGGGGAGUGUGUUUGUGUUGGACUGAAGAGGCCACACAGUUUGCGCGUCGUCUGCGCUUGGCGACCCGCUGCGUAUGAAAACGGUGCAGAAGGAAACCUGACUCUGCAAUAACACUAACACAGACAUGCAUUUCAGAACAUGUUCAAAUAAACAAUAAGGUCUGCUUAGCCAACCCAA